AUGCUUCCGGGGGGACGCGAGGACGGGAAGCGACGCGGCGCCACCGCCACCGCCACCGCCGACGAGGACGCCACCACCGACGCCGACGCCGCCACCUCGGCGUCAGCGGCAUCCCUGAACGACCUCUGCGCCACCGCCGCCGCCGCCGCCGCGGCGGGGGCGCCCGCGCCGUUCCCGAGGGCGGCUGCGUGGGCGGUCGCCGCGCUGCUCGCGGUGGGCCUUGGGGUCGGCGCCCUCGUCCUCGCCGUCGUGCACAGCGCCGCGCUGCUCGUGGUGGCGGUCCUCCUCUCGGCGGCCGUGGCGGCGUUCCUUCUGUGGAAUGCCGCCGCCGCCGCGUCGGGCCGCGCGCUGCGCCGGUUCGUGGACGGGCUCCAGGCCUCCAGCCUCCGCGUGGCGGCCGAUGGCCAGCUCGUCAAGAUCACCGGAUCUGUUUCAUGUGGCGAUAUUUCACUGAUCUCGUCAUAUGAGAAGGUUGAGAAUUGUGUAUACACAUCUACUCUUUUGAGAAAAUGUGCUAGAUGGGGUUCUAUGACACUAAAUCCUUGGAAUCAAUGUACCAAGUGGAAAUUAGCACAUGCUGAGAGGUUUGCUGCUGAUUUCUACAUAACGGAUGCAAAAUCAGGUAAAAGAGCCUUGGUGAAAGCUGGGCACCACACAAAGGUUGUGCCUCUGAUCGAUGAAAAUCUUCUGGUGACAACAAGCAGGGACACUGAGUUAUCUUCUACUCUAAAGUAUUGGCUCGAAGAAAGAAACCUUUCUUCUGAAGAAGCUCAGCUUAUCCGUCUCGAGGAAGGGUAA